AUGAUUGAAUCCAUUGCCUCCUCACUAGCGGCCCAGUCGAAGGCCAGUGUCCCACCAGGAGAGGAAGUGGCGUACAGAAGCGCUCUUACAGUGGCCCGGGAGCUUCUGAAUCAGGGGGCAAAUUUGGGUCCGGCAAGAGCGGCGGGUGAUCCGGAGUGCAUGAUGCGGUCCCCAAGAGGACCACAAAAGCGACCUCAUAAAAAAUAUCAGAAGCCCAAAAGGAACUUACAGAGGCGUCUUAGGAAAAGUAAAAACCCCAAAUCACCCUCGGUACCUUCAGAGAGGGAAGACGCCUCCUAUGGUGACAAGUCACAAGUGCACACACCUGUAACCCCUAUUCCAAGGGAAGUGCAAGCAGAGCCCUCUCAAAGCUCCAGCGUGUACCCAAACUUCCUGUCACUUUCAGAAGAUGACCGUGUGAAAGAGGGCAAGGAAAAGGGGGACACCUCAAGAGUUAUGUCCUUGCCUUGCACAGUCAAGGGGGAGGGGGCAGGUGCUAAAGGUGGCGGUGUCCUUCCAUCGCUGCCACCCGGUCUCAUCCUCGCUGUGCCCAAGGCUCUGAAAGAGGAGGCGCACAGCACCUGCCCGAAGGCCCUGGCUGUCUCCCCUAAAUGCGCUACCACCUCCGGGAAUGUUGAGGAGCCUGGAGAGGGUGCCUGCAACCCAGGCUUGGAAGGCGCGGCAGCAUCUUCUGGUGCUCCUAACCCGAAGCUGCGUUAUUCACUCCGUCUAGCAAAUAGAAAAAGGAAGCUGCAGCUCCCAGCAUUUGAGGAAGGGUGGCAAGAACCUCAUCCUUCAGCUGGCUCAAAGACUAUUAAGCCCACCAGAGCUGUCAAGAAGGGUGUGGGCAAGGAAGCGGGACAGCUGACAAGCAUGGCUUUCCCAGAGGAGCCAUGUCCCAUUGAGAGAGGAACGAUGGUCUGGUUUAAAUUUCAAAGCCACCCAUUUUGGCCAGCCGUGGUAAAGAGUGUCAGCCCAACCGAGCAGACUGCCAGGGUGCUUCUGAUUGAGGCCUACAUGCACCGUGAAAGGAGCGGCAUUCGAGUUCCUCUUCGAAGGUUGAAGCAUCUGGAUUGUAAAGGGAAAGAAAAGCUAAUGAAGAGAGCCAGGAAAGUGUAUGGGCCAAGUGUGAACUGGUGUUUCUCACUGAUUUCCCACUACAGGGAAGGGCUCAUUCGCGGGUCCUUUGCGGGCUCUUUCCUGGACUAUUAUGCUGCUGACAUCAGUUACCCAAUGAGGAAAGCCGUCCAAGAGGGGGAUCUGCAGAUUGAUUUCCCAAAGGUGAAUUAUGCCGACCUGGAAGAUUCUGAGGAGGAGAGCUCCGUGGGUGAGAAGAAGCCCUGCAAGAAAAUCCUCCCUGACCGGAUGAGGGCCGCUCGGGACCGAACCAACCAGAAGCUAGUGGACUUCAUCGUGAAAAGAAAGGGGGCCGACCACCAUCUUCUGGACAUUGUCAAAGGCAGGAAAGAGUCCAGGUGGCUGGCAUCGUUUCUGAAUUCACACAGGUACGUGAUCUGCGUUGAAACAUACCUGGAGGACGAAGAUCAGUUGGAUGCGGUGGUAAAACAUUUACAAGAAAUCUACAAAGAGAUAGACAGGAGCGCGCUGGCUCUGACGAGAGAUGACAAAGUGAGUUUUGUUUUGGAAGUUCUUCUGCCAGAAGCAAUCAUUUGUUCAAUUGCUGCACUGGAUGGAUUAGACUACAAGGAGGCAGAAGCAAAGUACCUGCAAGGGCCACCUGUGCAUUACCGGGAAAAAGAGCUUUUUGAUAAAAAUAUCUUAAAGGAAAUGAGAAAGAGAUCAGCAUGGAGGGGCAGGGCUAAGUAA